CAGACCAGGCCCUCAUGCACUUCGCAAACAAGAGACCACGACACCACAUAAAAGCACAUGUACCCGACGAAACUAACACGCAAGGUGACACGUAUGUCCUCGGUUGGCGGGGCGGCUAUUGGCCCUUACCACGGAGGACAACCACGUGAGCGCGCCUUGAUUGGGCGCCGUGUGCCCCUUAUGUCACGUCACGCAUAUUCUACUCAGACGUAUUUGGCAAGCCAGGCAAACUAUUUACGGCCUCUUCAAGUCCCAAAUGAAGUUGUCCGUAUCGCAUGCUAUGCCUUGCACCACGUUGGCACCAUUGUGGUGGCUCGAAAGGAAGACGCCAAGGCACUGGCCUGCAAACAGAGUGGGAUAAACACAGCUACAGCUGAGGGUGCCGUGAAUCCCCCAAAUGAAGCGCACCUACCUGAGUGUCUGGCUUUCACGAGAUAACCACCAUCCUUUUCUUCCAAGAAGGCCCACUCGAAGUUGGGCGUAUCGCAUGCUCUGCCUUGCACCACGUUGGCACCAUUCAGCUGAUCCAAAUUGAGGACGCCCAGGCACUGGUUGGAGUGCUGAGCGAUGAGGUGAUAGUACUCAGUCGAACCCGGCACUUGCUUAAUCUUCCACUUGAAGUUAGUUGUAUCGCAUGCUUUGCCUUGCACCACGUUGCCACCAUUCAGCUGGUCCCAAUUGAGGACGCCCAGGCACUGCUGGGAGUGACGGGCUUCAAGGAGCCACCAGCCGACCUCCAGGUCGGCAGGGAGUAGCAUGCGAUGCGUGACAUCUGUGGGAGAGCAGAGCCAGUAACAACCUGAGUGAUUAACCGUCCCUCGCCCACCCACUAUCACCCACCUGUUGCGUCACUGACACCAGACUGCUUCACAUCGCCGACACCUCCUCUUAUGGUCUGAAGCGUCCAGCCAUGACAAUUACGGUUGGCUUCUGCUCCCCCGCAUCCCUUCGCUCGCCUCACCAACCCCAUCACGGCAGAGCAGCGCCAGGAGGAGCAGGGCAAGGGCGGCGGCGUACGUCAUGCUGAAGGGCGAGACAGCGAUGCACUAGAUUGAGUUCGGGAAGUGAGGAAGGCGAGAUCGAGGAGAUGUGGAGCUUCCUUUUUUUCUUUCAA